AUGGUUCGAAUCACGUCUCCUCGAGGUGUCGCCAUUCGACGUGCCCAAGGGGACCCCAUUCGCGAUAGGAUCGAGCGCAUUACCGCCGAUUUCAAGGAGAUCGAGGCAUUUCUCCCGAUUGAAUUAUCUGUCCGGCGAAGAAAAAGACUUGAGGACUUUCUCAAAUUGGAGCUCAAUUCUCUCCGUGAGGAGCCGUUUGGGGUUUAUAACCAGGAAGAAAAAGUCGAUUAUAUUCUGAUUCGGAAUCAUCUGGAAAGACAACUUCGUGGACUGGAACUCAAAGCCAAACAAGAUGAGAAAACUGCCCCGCUGUUGCCCUUUGCAAACGCGUUGGUGGAUCUCUGCGAGGCUCGUUCCACGGUCAUCCCAAUAAAUCCAAAGGAUGCUGCACAAAGGCUGUUCGAGUCUGAAUCCACAAUCACAUCCGUUAUAGAGAAAGUCAAAGCACGGGCGGAUGAUGUGUCUGUCGCGAAAGACAGCGCUUUUCGAGCAGCGAACCACAUCAUAUCCCUGCAAGCCCAUUUAAAGGAAUGGUUUGGGUUCUACUCGGGAUAUGACCCGACAUUCAACUGGUGGGUAUCGCAUCCAUACGGAGUGAUAGACAAGAGCCUGGAGAAGGCUGCAGAUACAAUUAAAGCAGUCUUAAUCGGCAUUCAACCGGGCGAUGAGGAUGCAAUAGUUGGGCAGCCGAUUGGGCGUGAUGGGCUACUCGCCGAGCUGACAGCCGAGAUGAUUCCAUACACACCAGAAGAGAUUAUCUCCAUCGGCGAAAAGGAAUUUGACUGGUGCAUCGUUGAGAUGAAAAAGGCGGCGCAAAGUAUGGGAUUCAAAGACGACUGGAAGAAAGCCCUAGAGGAAGUCAAGAAUGAUUUCGUUGAGCCGGGCCAGCAACCCCAGCUUGUGCGGGAUCUCGUACAAGAAGCCGUGUCGUUUGUUGAGGAUCACGACCUCGUCACAGUCCCCGAAAUUGCAAAGGAUAGUUGGCAAAUGUUCAUGAUGUCCCCGGACAGACAAAAGGUGAAUCCUUUUUUCCUGGGGGGAGAUUGCAUCAUCGUGUCUUAUCCAACCGAGACCAUGGAUCAUGAAGCCAAGUUGAUGAGCCUGCGCGGAAACAACAUUCAUUUCUCGCGAGCUACAGUCUUCCAUGAAAUGAUCCCUGGUCACCACUUGCAGAUGUAUAUGAAUGCAAGACACAGACCAUAUCGUCGCUUGUUCGACACGCCAUUCUGGAUUGAAGGAUGGUCCUUAUACUGGGAAUUCCUGCUCUGGAACGACGAGCGAUGGAUCAAAACACCCCAGAAUCGCGUCGGCAUGUUAUGGUGGCGACUUCAUCGAUGCGCCCGGAUCAUAUUCUCCGUCAAUUUUCAUCUUGGCCGAAUGACCCCGCAAGAGUGCAUUGAUUUUCUUGUGGGAGAUGUUGGACACGAGCGCGCUACAGCUGAGGGCGAAGUCCGGCGGUCAUUCAACGGUGACUACUCGCCACUGUACCAGGCGGGCUACAUGUUAGGAGCAUUGCAGAUAUAUGCUUUGCGGGGGGAGAUGCUGGAUACCCGAUGUAUGCCAGAAAAAGAGUUCCAUGACCAGUUUCUGAGGGGUAAUCGGAUGCCAAUUGAGAUGGUACGGGCGCUGAUGCAAGACAAGCCCCUUGCUAGAGAUUUCAAGCCGUCUUGGCGCUUUUACUCUUAG